ACACCCACCAUCUUGCUUCACCAAUAGUCUUUUUUGAAGCUAUGGAAAUCAUCCCAUUUGUUUCCGCCCUCCGCCAGGAGGCUCAGGUGCUGGGGGACUACCAUGCCGUCCGAAAAAUGUGUUCCCGUCGACUAGCAACUCUCCGAAAACGACUUGGCCGGCAGACCUCCAAAUCGAAAAAAUACGCACCGCAACCUCCAUUGGCCGCUGAAGAAAUUGCACAAGAGCCUAAGUAUGGCAUUCUAUAAUCUUCCAUAUAAUCCCUUUUUGCUCAAUUCCCACAAUAGAUUCGUCCAUCUAUACCUCUACUCCUCCGAGCGAGCAUGGGCACACGCAAUGCAGAUGAAGUCUCUCUUAGCGGACGACACCACCACCGCAUCCUCAGCGAUGAAGUCACAUCUCGUCUCCCGCCUGCAUAAAGCUCAGUCCUAUGCUGUACAGCUAUGCGCCCUCCUCGAAGACCCGGCGUCCGGGGCCGCGGACAACGACGUCUUAGAAGCAAAUGCCUAUGCCGCAUCACUGCGCGGGUCAGAGGCGUUUGAAAAAUCGCAUUGGGAGGACUCGAUCAAAGCAUUCGCUGUAUCGAAGAUCAUAUACUCGGCUUUAUUAUCGACUUCAAAGAAUGAGAUUUACAAAGACCAAUUAACGAGCACCGUCGAUCCAAGUAUUCGGUACUCGGCGUAUCAACUGCAACUGCCCAGGAAUAUGGAUGUCGCGACCAUCGCUAGGCAACACUUUCCCAGGCAGGACGAGAGGAUUGUGAAGGCGGUUGAGGCUCUAGAUGCGAAAGCUCUGUCUGACCCUGCUGCGGAGGCACCGGGGGAGGAUGGAGUGGGUGUUGCAGCAGUUGCUUCAGUAACCUGGCGCUCACGUACUGCACCUGUGGAAGACGCAGAUAUCUCUGUGGCCUUAUCAGCAGCUCAGGUAGCGGAGAAUUCACACCUCUCUCUACAAAAGGACAAUCCUAGCUCGGCCGAGGCUUUCGAUGGAGCGCUGCUGGCAUGGCAAGAGGCGGUAGACGCAACCAAAAAGGCCAUCGACGGGCAGACAGCAGAAGGCGCCAGCAUGGGAGAUCCAAAGAUGCAAAACCUGCAAUUAACCUGGACACUGGUAAAUUACUCCUUAAUCUGUUGGCGUAUCGCGCGAAACCGUGUGAUGCUCGAAGGAAUAGCCCAAGGCAGGAAGAAGAACAAGAAGGGUGGCGAAGAAGUCAGAGUUAAGAAGCUCGGUCAUUUAAAAGAGGAGGUAGCCCUUUAUGAUGCCAUUCUACAAGUACACCAUAUCCACCCACCCUCUCCCCCCCCAUCGCCACAAUUCUGACAAUGUAUUAUUCAUAAAGAGUCUAGAACAGGUCUACGGCCUCCCCGGCGUCGCCGCCGAUGAACAUUUCUCCAACGAGCUCGACUCCAAAAAGGCCUACUUCUCCGCCCUCAAAUGCUCCACGAUCGCGCGCUCCCACGCAAUCCUUUCAAAUCGUACAAACGCCCUAGCACUUUUCGCCCGCGCCCUAUCACACAUUACCUCCUCCCCACCCACCCUCCGGUCCGCGGCUACCCCCACAUCACAUAAAGGCCUAGAUAUCACCCCCGCUGAAUUCCAGUCCCUGAAGUCAACGCUGGAAAACGAAGUGGCGCGCUUCAGAGCCCUCGCGGAGAUGGACUUGAUCGCCGCGAAAUCUGCCAAAACCGUGGGAAAGGGUGCAGGAGCCUUGGUGGAGAGGUUGGACCAGUAUCCUGAGGGCAAGAUCGACUUUGAAAAUGGGAUUGUCCAGUGGCCGCCGAAAGUCGCGCCGGUUCCUGUUAAACCCGUGUUUUUGGAUGUGGCGUUUAACUUUAUUGAGUAUCCUAGCGACGGUACUCCUAGAGCUGUCAAGGAUAAGAAGGUGGAGGAAGGAGGGAAGAAGGGGGGGUUCUUGGGGAGUUUAUGGGGAAGGUAAUCAUGCUGUAUUGGUGGGGAAUUUUAUUUUCACGCGAGUGAGGAUCUAUGAUCGGAAGGGGAUUUUUUCCUAAAAAUAAAAAAAAUAAAAGUAAAGAAAUCGGUGGGGG